ACGCUUAGCUGAAACCCUUUGAGGCUUCUGGCUUCUGCCGUUUAUCAAUCCCACUCUUUCCUCUUCAUUUCUUACAACCAACAACUCGACAACCAAAACUCGACGUUGGCUGUAAACCGUGGCUGUUCAACAGCCCUGGCACCCAGGAGAGUAGCCCUUGUAGCUGUGCCACAGCAGGUCCAUCCAACUCUAUAUCAACCCGAACUCCUCCUCCUCCUCCUUUUCUUUCAAAGUUGAUUGCUCAAUUAAUACACUCCUUCAAAACUCACUAGCACUUCCAAUCUGAAUAUGGCACCGGCUGUGCCCAAGAAAGCUCAAAAACUUGGACGCGCUCUCAAAUCCGCAGCCCGCUUCCCGGGCCGUGGUAGCGGCAGAAACCACUACUCUCCCUCUCCAGGCGAACAACCAGUCGUCCUCCUCCGUGUUCAGGUCAUUGGUUGUCGUGGCCUAGCCAGGGCUCGACACGGCGCACAGCCAAAGGAGGGCGACCUCAGUCCCUUGGUCGUCGUCUCCCUCCUCAACAAUCGAUACCACACUCCAGUUCUCAAACGCACUCAUAACCCGAACUAUGCAGCUAAAGACGCCACUUUUGAUUUCCCCAUUUAUCUCUCCCUUGCUGAUAGGCUAGGAUCCGUCGAAUUAGUCGUAUGGGACAAGGAUACUUUGAAGCUGAAGAAGGAAUACGUCGGCGAAGCCGCACUCGCUCUCGAAUCCUGGUUUCGUGACAGUAACGGCGACCUCCUCGUAGAUGGCCUAGGUUUCACAGCUGAGACAAACCAGUCCCGCUCUGUAAACCUCGUAUCCACACGUGCAAAUACACAUGCAUCUGGAAUGGCAGUCGUCAAACUCGGUUUCGUCGCACCCCCUGGUGCACAGUCCCCAAUGCCCUUUGAGCGAGUCUUUGCUGAACUCGUAAAGCGAUCCCGUCCCAGUCUCGUUUCUGCCCCUCCGACAGAAGGCAUCGGCACCCUGCGAUCCCAUCUGACAGGCCCAGCAUAUGAAGACGACGGUGGAAUUAGUUCCGAUGAGGAAGACCAAGACGACGACGACGUUGUAGACGAAGGCGAAGAAGACGACGAAGACCCCGUUCCCCACCUCUCCCGUCUCUACCUCUCCCCAUCUCUCGUACAAGAUCAGCCUCUUGAGAACCAAACACCGGAACCGGAGACGGCACGUCCCACAGUACUAGUACCGCGUCUUCAUCUUCCCCGUUCCCCCACACUCUCUCACGACCACCAUGAGGAACGGGAGCCUGAGACUGCGCGUCCAUUACCUCCCAUUCCGAGUACCACACCCACCACCACUACGCCUGCUAUGCCCAGCACCACGUCCACAUCGAAAAGCAGACUGCCAAAACUCUUCCCCCGCCGACCCAAUCUCCUCACUUCCCCGUCCUACGAACCUAACCCUCCCACCGACCGCCUACAUCGUCGCUCAGCCAGCGCAGGUGCCAUCGUUCCCCUCCCCUCUCCCGUCUCCCCGGGUCCCUCCAGCCCACUCGUCUAUCAGCCCCCCAAAAAGAGGUUCCGAAAAUCAUGGUCAAGCAAGAAAGUAGACUACAACUUCUCAGCUGCAAACUCGAACGAUAUAGUCGGGAUCGUGAUGCUCGAGAUCCAAGGGGCGAGUGAUUUGCCUAGGCUGCGGAACAUAACCCGCACCGGGUUUGAUAUGGACCCCUUCGUAGUCAUUUCUUUCUCCAAAAAGAUCUUCCGCACGCGCAUCAUCCGCCACUCCCUCAAUCCUACCUGGGACGAGAAACUCCUCUUCCACGUCCGUCGCUAUGAGACGUCUUUCAAGGUCCAACUGACAGUCCUCGACUGGGAUAAACUAUCGAGUAACGACCACGUCGGCGAUGUAUGGUUGGAUGUCGGUGAGCUGGUAAGAGACGCGCCGCAACCUGAUCCGAAGACGGGGUUAUAUGCAGAUGUGUGUGGGGAGAAUGAUAAUGACGCGGGUGGAAGUGGAGGUGGGGAAGGAAGGGAGAUGAAGCAGUUUUGUUUGCCGCUGACAACGGCGAAGGAGAUGCCUUGGGAAGCGAAGCAUAAUCCUACGAUUUCGUUCCGCGCAAAAUUCCAGCCCUACGCCGAGCUCCGCCAACGUUUCUGGGCACAAUACUUAAAGCAAUACGACACAGACGACACAGGCUCUAUCUCACGCGUCGAGCUCACCUCCAUGCUCGAUUCCCUCGGCUCCACGCUCUCCGCCGCCACCAUCGAUUCCUUUUUCACCCGCUACCGCAAGCGCCCAGCGGAGGACGAGCUGACGAUCGAGGAGUCGAUUCAGUGCUUGGAGAUGGAGUUGAUACGGCCGGCGUGUGAGAAGAAGAGGAUUGAUGUGGUCGAUGCUAUUGAUACGUUUAUGGGCGGGAGGGAUAGGGGGGAUAGGGACAGCAGUGCGUCUGCGUCAGAGUCUAUGACGCCUGGAGAAGAACUCGGGUUGAACCUUGCGUUUGGCCGGCCGUUUUUGGGCGGGCUAGAUUUUUCGGGUCCGCCGUUGAGUGCGAUAUUGGGGGAGGAGUCGCCUACGGAUUUGUUUGUGGCUGAGAGGCCGUUUUUGAGCGUGAGUGUUCCGGAGCCUUCGUCUUCGGCGUCGACGCCUUCUGGGGGGUCUAGCGGUGUGCCUUCCGGUGGAGGAUCUAGGAACGGUAACAGCAACGUUAACGUUCGGCAGGACUCUUCAUCCUCCGAUCCCGACGACCCAACAUCAACAUCAGCUUCGACAUCAGCCCUCGCGUCCUCCUCUGAUACCUUCGAACGAGUAAUUAACAUCAAGAACUGCCCACUAUGCCACCGCCCGCGCUUAAACUCAAAAGCCGAAAUGGACAUCAUCACGCAUGUCGCUAUCUGCGCGAGUCAGGACUGGGCAAAGGUGGAUAGGAUCGUGGUGGGGAAUUUUGUGACUGCGAGUCAGGCGCAGAGGAAGUGGUAUACGAAGGUUAUUUCGAAGGUGUCGAAUGGGAAUUAUAGGAUUGGAGCGAACUCGGCGAACAUCAUCGUUCAGAACCGGAUGACGGGGCAGUUGCAGGAGGAGAAGAUGCAGGUGUAUGUGCGGCUUGGGAUUCGGUUGUUGUAUAAGGGUGCUAGAGGGAGGAUGGAGGGUGCACGAGCUCGCCGUCUUCUCAAGUCCCUAUCCAUCAAACAAGGCGCCAAAUACGACUCUCCAGAAUCCGCCCGCGAUAUCCCGAGUUUCAUCGAGUUCCACGGGCUUAAAGUCGAUGAGAUCCUAGAGCCGAUAAGUUCUUUCAAAACCUUCAACGAUUUCUUCUACCGUAAACUCAAGCCCUCUGCGCGCCCCACCGAAAGCCCAACGGACCCCCGCCGUCUCGUCAGCGCCGCCGACUGCCGCCUGAUGGUCUUCGAAACCGUCUCCGAAGCCACCAAACUGUGGAUCAAAGGCCGCGAGUUCAGUAUUGCGCGUUUACUGGGUGACGCGUACGGCGAUGAGGCGGAAAGAUACGUUGGUGGGCCCCUUGCGAUUUUCCGGCUUGCGCCGCAAGAUUAUCAUCGGUUUCAUAUUCCUGUGGAUGGGAAGAUUGGGGGUGUUAGGGAUGUUAAGGGGGAGUAUUAUACUGUGAAUCCCCAAGCGAUCAGGAGCGCGUUGGACGUUUACGGAGAGAACGUGAGGAAGAUCGUACCCAUCGAUAGUCCGCAGUUUGGACGGGUCAUGGUGGUGUGCGUUGGUGCGAUGAUGGUGGGGAGUAUUAAGAUCACUGUUGAGGAGGGGCAGGAUGUUAGGCGCAGUGAAGAGCUUGGGUAUUUUGCUUUUGGAGGCUCAACGAUCGUUGUUUUAUUCGAGCGAGGAGCGGUAGAGUGGGAUGAAGAUCUGGUGAUUAAUGGGAGAGCGUGUUUAGAGACGUUGGUUAGAGUUGGGAUGGGGAUUGGGACGUGUCGGCGGAAGUGCUAGUGAUGACCCAGGGGAUGACUUCAAGUUUUGGAAUUUUGUUUUGGUGCGUCGCAUGGACAUGACGGACGACAAUUGCAAGAAUGUUUUCGAUGAUUAUUUUGUGGAGAUACCAUACAUAUAUUAGCUUACAGUUUGAUAUCGUAUUUGGAGGAGCAAGUCGGACUCCCAUAUCUUGUGCUGUUGAGAGCGCGUUCAGGGGUUGGCGAU